UGACUAUGGACUUGUUCUUCAGUGUGUAUUUAAAGUGGGUUAGCUUAAAAAGCGUUCAUAAUUCAGCCUAUUUGUCAGUUUUAAGUUAAGUAACUUGGUCAUUAUACUUACUAAAACUGUGUGUGUCAUUAUGUGUUUUGAAAACACUCAUUUUAUUUUCUUAAAGUAGUCAAAAUAAUAGUGAAUAUACAACUUUUAAAUCACAGGACAGUUCACAAUACAUUUUGAAAAUGGCAAGUUCUGUAGAUUCAGUUCAUAAAAGUUCAGAUUCAGUGAAAGACUAUUCUUGUGUUGGAUGCAUAAGUAAAAAUAUAGAAAAAAGUGCUGAUUUUUUUUGUGAAACAUGUUUCAAGUGUUUUUGCGAAAAAUGCCUUUAUCAUCAUGAUCAAGUAUUUGUAAACCAUUUAACAUAUGGAAGAAGAGAAACAAAUAAAUGGCCUCUUGAAGAGGCAAUUGAGGAUUUGCUACUAAAAUGUGAUGUCCACCCUGACAAGAAACUGAAAAUGUUUUGCCAGGACCACAGUCAGCUGUGCUGCUCUGACUGUGUUCUACUGAAUCACAGACAGUGUACACAUUUGGCUAAAAUUUCAGAAUCAGUCAAAAAGAUGUCUGUGGAUAUGCAGCAGUUGUCAAACAAAAUUCAAUCGAUUAUUGCAGAUCUAAAAAAGUUUAAGAGCGUACAAGAGGCCAGCAUUCAGUCCAUUGAAGGAUCAUAUGGUGAAAAAUUGCAAGAAAUCAGAGACCAGUGUAAGAAAAUAAAUGCUGCUCUUGAUGAACUAGAGAAUACAACUUUGAAAGAACUGGAUGACAUUAGGACCAAAUUGCAAACCUCUCUUAAGAAAGAUGUUGACAACUGUGGCAGACUGAAGGAUGAACUGCAACAACUAAGUGAAGCUGUACAGGGCCUUUGUGAUAAGAGCAAUCAAGACAUUAAGUUCAUAGCCAGCAGGAAAUGCCUGGAUAAGAUACAGGAGUCUGAAAGAUAUCUGAAUGAGAACCCAGUGAAGGUUCAGAGUUCAAUAAUAUUCCAGGCAAACAUUGACAUUGAGCAGUACCUGUCUCAACAGUCUAGUCUAGGGAGGAUUGUAGACUGUAUGAAGUGUGUGAAACUUAAGAAGAAACAAGAGUAUAAUGUGAAAAUAUCAAGUGACAGACAUGCUUGCUCUAUCAUAGGCAUUUGCAGCCUGCCUAGUGGCCAGGUUAUUAUUGUAGAUAGGAUUAAUAAGAGAGUGAAAAUGUUGGACAAGAAUUACAAUGUGUCCAGUCAUUGUGAUGUGUCUGAUUAUCCACAUGACAUUUGCCAAAUCACAUCCAGUGAGGUAGCUGUGACUCUUGAUGGUGCUGGUGUGCAGUUUAUGUCUGUUAGCAAUAGGCAGCUGAUAAAUGGAAGGCAGUUUCAGUUACCACAUGCUGCUGUUGGCAUUGCCCACCACAAGGGAGCAUUGUAUAUCACUUCUCGCACUGCUCUCUACCACUACACACUGACUGGGACAUUUGUGAAAAAGCUUUAUGAAGAUAUAGGAGAUGGUGCACGAGUGUACAAAUGUGCAUUGAGUCCUGCCGGUGACAGGAUCUAUGUAACCAACAACGAACAGAACAAGCUCCUCACACUGGCCACAGAUGGCACCCUGAUAUAUACAUUCACUGAUCCAGAACUACAAUUUCCAAAUAGUGUCUGUGUCACUCCUGAUGGACAAGUCCUUUGCUGUGCAUACAGCUCCAAUACUGUAUUACAUGUUGAUCAUGAGGGUAAAAAGAAAUUGGCAACUCUGGCUUCACGGAGAGAUGGACUCCGCCUAACAUCCUCUGUCUGCUACAACACCAACAUACACCAGAUUAUUGUGGGGCAAUAUAACAACAAUACAAUUAUUGUUAUUGAAUUGCAAUAGCUCUUCCAAUGGAUUAAAACAUCAAUAGAAACAUGGUUAUAAAUGUAAUUUCCAAGUUUUCUUCGAAUGACACUUUUAGCCAUAUCAGUUUAUAUAUAGGCUAAGAGCAUAUUAUAAAACUAUUUAAUAAUCUAUAUUUUAAAAAUGAGUUGUUUUAAUGCUCCUUAGAGAUUGUUCCAUUUAAAACAAUCAUGUAUGACAAUUUUCAGGUAUUCUUUGUCACUAAACAAAUGUUAUAAUUAAUAUACCGUUAUACAUAUGUUAAGUGAAUGCAUAUAUUCUAAAUAUGUUUUAUUAUCCUAUAGCAAUUAUUUAGAGAAAAUUAUGUAUCUGUCAUUUAUGUGUUGCUGUUUUUAGCUCCCCUGUUUUCAGAGAAAACCCGAGGUAUUGUCACAGCCAGCUCGUCGUGUCCGUGUCCGUCCUCUUGUCGUCCGCAUCGUGCUAAAACCUUAACAUUUUGUUAAGGUUUUUAACAUUGGCUCUAAAAUCAAAGCGCUUCUUCCUACAACUUUGAAACUUCACAUGUAGCUGCACCUUUUUUUAUUUUUGGGUCUCUAGGUCAAAGGUCAAGGCCACUGUGACCUCUAAAAAAAAAAAAUUCUGACAAGCUUUCGCAGCCGAGUGUGGCACCCGUUAUGCGGUGCUCUUUUAAAUAAAAAUAAUGGUGUUUGGUAUUUGUGCGAUUUUUAGUUCAUUGGCUUUAUAGCCGAUCAACUAUUGAACCGCAAAUAAGAAACACAUUUUGCAUUUGGUUGCGUCUUUAUCAAGGGGUAAAAAUGCAUGGAUGUGGGAUGUUGCAAGGCAAAAUAGAUCAGAUAUUUAAAAUAUAAUUUUCUUAUUAAAAAAAUGAGUCACUUAGAAACCUUUUUUGGGAAGAUUUUCUUCUAAGAAUUUUUCCAAGACAAUUUUUAGUGAAUAUUUCUAAGACCAUUUUUUAGUGGAAAAACAUUCUUAAACAAUAAAACAAAUUUUGUUUCAUAAAACAAUUUUAUUAUUGGCAAAAGCUAGAUAACUUUUACAAUAGGUUACAUGUUUUGCAACAGGUUAUGAAAGUUAGCAUGGCUUAGUGGUGACGCACCGCGUACAGAUCCUGACAACACUGGUUCAAAUACCGGCAACAUCUUUUUUCGGUUCAACUUGUUUACUAUUAAAAAUUAGUUACAUCUAUAAAAAAAAACAUUAUUUUUUUUUAAGCAAUCAUAUAUAAUGACAUUUGAAAAAAUACGAAAGUCUGUUAACAAUAAUAAUAAUUAUUCUAUUAAAUACCUGGAUGGGAAUAAGGUUUCGAAUAAAUUAUCGUAGUUCCACUUGUUUCAUGUAUGCAAUCAUUCCAAUAAUUAAAUUCCAAUAAAUAUGCUCCUAUCAUUUUUUGCUAAUUGUGUGCAUACUCAGUUAUGUGUUUUAUUAAAAAGUGAAUCUGGA